AUGAACCAAUCUGAGGCUCUCAUAAAUGCAGCUAUGCGCUCAAUUUCUCGAGCCAACACCAUAUAUCUUGCCACCACUGCAUAUGGAAUUAAAUCUCAAGCCCUGCUUUUUGAAACCCAAGGAAAUUAUCUCAUGAAAUACUCCAUGGGAAACCCACCCGUAGACUCAUUUGGUAUUGUAGACACAGGAAGUGAGCUUAUUUGGAUGCAAUGUGAGCCCUGUGAAGAUUGUUUUUACCAGAACCCCCAAAUCUUUGAUCCAAUGAAAUCUUCCACUUACCAAAAGGUUUCUUGUCAUACGAAUACUUGUGACUUGGUCCAUGUACAUGCUUGUGGAGCUUCAGACGUGUGCAAGUAUGAGAUCACUUACGGGGACGGUUCCAUGACUUCAGGUGAGUUGGGUAGUGAUACAAUUUCUUUUGGUUCAUUACGACAUGUGGUUAUUCCAAAUAUUGUGUUCGGGUGUGGACAUGUCAACACUGGGAUAUUCAGACCAGCAAGCACAGGAAUAGUUGGUCUUGGACAAGGACCUUUGUCGUUGGUUUCGCGACUAGGUGAUCUAGAUGAUCACAAAUUCUCAUAUUGUUUGGUUCCUCGGUAUUCAGAAAUUGAUAGUAAACUCAAGUUUGGGUGGGAAGCAAAUAUAUCUGCAAGUAGAAUUGUUACAGCCCCUUUGGUGGACAAAUAUCCAUACUCUUUUUACCAUCUUCGUCUUUUCAAAAUUUACAUUGGCAGAAAAGUAGUGCGACCUCCAGCGACUUCAGAUAUUAUAAUAGAUGUUGGGGCUACGUUGACUUUUCUUGAGACAAGUUUGUAUGAGAGUGUUGAAGCUGCCGUGAUUGAGGCUAACAGUGAUGGUCCGAAACCUAUAAAUAAUCCACCGACGCCGCUUAGGUUGUGUUAUCUUGAUGGCACAAUUAAGUUCGUCCCAAAAUUUAUAUUCAUUUUUUUCAGGGCUAACAAAGGGUUGCGGUUAAAUGUAUUUAAUGUAUUUCAAAAGAUCAACAAUUUGAUUUGCCUUAUGAUGGCCCCUAAAGAAGGGUACUCCAUCUUUGGCAACAUAGCACAAGUCGACUUCAAGGUAUUGUAUGACCUACAAGCAAAAACAGUUUCUUUUGCAUCUGCAGAUUGUAGCAAGAAGUAG